AUGGCCAUUUUUACUGCGCCCCGAUCUUUUCAGGAUGCCGUUCCACAGGUACCGUUGGACGUCGAUCGCGUCUUUGUCGCCAAUGCCCACGCCAGCCAUCCCUCGUUCUUCCAUCUAGUGCUGCUCGUCUUUGAAGCUGUUCUAGAAGUCGUUUGCGUCAGCCUUCCCGGGUACAUCGCUGCGCGCCAGGGCAUGUUCGAUGCCGAAGCUCAGAAAUUCGUCGCGAAUCUCAAUGUGACAUUGUUCACGCCUUGUCUUGUCUUUAUCAAGCUUGGAUCGCAGUUGACGGCCGAAAAGCUGACGGACCUGGCGAUUAUUCCCGUGAUCUUCAUUGUGCAGACAUUCGUCUCGUAUGCCUGUGCCUUUGUCGUCACAAGAUGCUGUCGGUUCAAGAAACGCCAAGCCAACUUUGUGGCGGCCAUGGCGGUAUUUGGCAAUUCCAAUUCCCUGCCAAUCUCGCUCGUCGUCUCGCUCUCUCAGACGCUUCAAGGCCUCCACUGGGAUCAAAUCCCCAACGACAAUAAUGACGAGGUGGCGGCACGGGGUAUCCUGUACCUCCUGAUCUUCCAACAACUGGGUCAACUCGUGCGCUGGAGCUGGGGGUACCACGUUCUUUUGGCGCCCAAGGCCCAUUACUUGGAGGAUGAAGACCGCGAGACGACUGGUCACUCGCGCAUCGAACAGGGCCAGGCCCGCUACAGUGACAAUCCGAUGCAGACAGAUCCGGACGAGCCCCUGGUUCGCACGCGCAGCUCAGACGAUCUCGAUCGUGUGGCUCAUGGACCGCACGCCAAUGAGUUCCAGUCCGGUGACCAGACCCCCGUGUCGACCCGUGCCUACGCGUACUCGAAAGUGUCCUCGGUCCACACGGACGAUGCCGCCGACGAAGACAAUGUGCCCGAUGAACCACCUUCGGUAAUCGGUCCGCCCCCACGAGGCCCAUUUCUUCCACGCCAAAGCUCGCGGGGUGACAUGCUCUCGUUCCCGGAUGUGGAGGUCAGCGCGCAACAAGCACAGGCUGGGAAGCAGACCUUCAUUCAGCGACGCAAGACAUCAUUCCGUGGCCUGCAGGCCAGUUUUGCACGGGCAUGGGAUGCACGGACCGAGGCACUGUAUGCACGCCUCCCCACUAAGGUUCAGAAGGGAUUAUCGAAGACCACGCGCGGCGUGCGGCGCUUCUUCCACGGUCUCUGGGAUUUCAUGAACCCACCGCUGUGGGCGAUGCUGGUAUCAAUCGUGGUUGCGUCCGUGCCGUGGUUGCAACGGCUCUUCUUCGACGAGGGUACAUUCGUGCGCAACUCAGUCACCCGUGCCAUUGAACAGAACGGCCAGGUCGCAGUGCCGCUGAUUCUGGUAGUGCUGGGUGCCAACCUCGCUCGGAACACCCUCUCCGAAGAAGCCCUGGCCGACAUGCAGCAUCCCAGCGAAGAGCGCAAGCUUAUCAUUGCCUCGCUCCUUGCCCGCAUGCUCCUGCCCACUCUCAUCAUGGCGCCGCUGCUCGCCCUGUUCGCUAAAUUCGUCCCCGUCAGCAUCCUCGACGACCCUAUCUUUAUCAUCGUUUGCUUCUUGCUUACUGGCGCCCCGUCUGCGCUGCAGCUGGCCCAGAUCUGCCAGAUCAACAAUGUUUACGUCGGCGCCAUGUCCAAGCUAUUGUUCCAGAGCUAUGUUGUCUGGAUCCUUCCUUCAACCCUCAUCCUUGUUAUGUGCGCUUUGGAGGUUGUCGAGUGGGCCACCGCGACCUGA